AUGUCAAGCGGUGAACAACAAUUUCGCGAAUCAUUGCGUUCUUUUCGUUGGGCUUCUAGCUCUAACAACGCUAAUAUUUCCACGAGUAAGCCUACACCUUUUUCUCGACUUGCUGAAAAUACAUCAAAUUUUUUUGGAAGCAUUGGCAAUAGGGUGCAAGGAUAUAUACCCUUGACAAACAACAAUGGAGAACAAGACGAUGACUGGUUCACAUUGACCAGAUGGCAGGCUUUCGUGUCUUUGCCACUUUUGGCCAUAAACCCGCGAAAAUUUGUGGUUACCUACACGAUGGGCAGUCUUUUAAUUUUAUCGAGUUUUGCUUUACUUCAUGGUCCAUUAGCACACCUUCGACAUAUCUUUUCUCGAGAACGUUUGCCUUUCACUAUUGCUUACCUUGGCUCGAUGGUCGCGACUCUAUAUUUUGCGAUUGGGUUACGAAACACUAUUCUCACUAUCAUAUUUAGCGCCAUUCAAGUAAUUGCUCUCAUAUGGUAUACUGUUUCAUAUUUGCCUGGGGGAACUAGCACUUUACGGUUCGGUUCCCGUAUGUUUGCUAGGCAAGCCUCUGACAUUUUUUCUGCUUGA